UGUGUGUGGGAAAAGCCCAGCGAUGGAUCUUCCCUGCUUUUGACAGCACUCUCCCCUUCAGGCCUGAUCCUGCACUGGAGGGAAUUAACUGCGAGGAGAACCACUAAUCACACCUCCGUGUGGGAACUACCUCCGGUAGCAGCGUGUGCCGCCAGCCCUGCCUCCAACCUGCAGCGGUUGCUCCGGGACGGGCUCGCUCGCCCCUGCAGUUCACCUUUGCCUGCACUUCACGCGCGUGCAAUUUGGGUUUAAUGGAGCUCAGUUUAUUGUUCCUCUUUGGCCUUACAAUUACGUCGACUGCAGGGUUCGCGCUGCCCCGGCCACAUUCGCUGCCGGUGCCGGUGGGAGCGGAGCCGCGCCCCGCAGCGCUGGGGCAGAAGGAGCGGGAGCAGAGCGAAUCGGCGGCGCUGCUGGCCGGCGGUAGGACCCGGCUGGACGGCGGGGGGCUGCGGACCCGAGCCCGGCGCUGCACUUGCUACACCUACAAGGACAAGGAGUGCGUCUACUACUGCCACCUCGACAUCAUCUGGAUCAACACCCCCGAGAGGACUGUGCCUUAUGGGCUGUCUAACUACAAAGGUAAUUUUAGAGGCAAAAGAUCUACAGGGCAGAUUCAAAAUACUUUCCAGUCUUCAAAUAGGUGUUCUUGUAUGAAUGCUCAUGACGAACAGUGUAUGCAGUUUUGCAGAAGAAUGCAAGACAGAAGAAGAAAUAAUGGAUCAAUGAAAGAGACAGAAGAGAAAGACCAGUGCAGGGAAGAACACACUUUGAUUCAGUAGCACAGAGAGUUCGGAGGAUUCUGAACAGUCAGAGCUUUAAUGUUUAUUUGCUGAAGCUCAGAAGCAAGAACUUAAAACUACAGCUCUCCCUUGAGAUGGACAAACUUGAUGCUUCAGUCUGAUGCCAGUGGAGAAUUCAGCAGAGUGCAACACUUUCAUUUCAACAAUGCCACUUUGAGGGCAUGUGAACAUAUAUGAAGAAGCUUUCUCCCAUGCUCCCCUCACAAGAACCUCAGUAAAGGAUAAUACUUAUCACAUAAGCUGGCAGGGAAUGUAUAACUAUUGAAGAAUUCAAAGGCAGAUCUGAAUUUCAUCAAUACAACGCUUCAGAAACAUUUUUCUAUGCAAUUAUAAAAGAAUAACAGAAAUUUACUGUUCCACUUACUGCUCACUCUGUGUCUGAAGAAUCCAUCCUCAGCUUCUUGCAGGCAACUGUAACUGGAGAAUGUGAUGAGUUAGAGAGAGAGUGCCUAUACAUGAGUUCUCGUUAAGAAUAAACUGAUACAAAAUCUU